AUGGCAAGUGGCUACAGCACGCCGUUGACUGUAAGUGUUUGACCCCUUGUACCUAACCCGGCCGUGAGACUCUCGGCUCGCUCACUGUCCAACUCGUCGUCCACAGAACUACGCCGAAGAGCACUCCUACGCCCACCUUCCCAAGCCCUUCAAGUCCGCCCAAUGGGCCCAACGCUCGUCCUCGCGACGCAACAAGAACCUCAAACAAGUCAUCGCGCUUGAGAAGGAACGCGUCGACAAGGUCAUCAAGACUCGAUCCGAGACCUGGGUAGGAGCCGUGCCCGCUGCAGCUGCGAACGGCGGCACGUCCGCGACGACCACCACGGCGGGCUUGAUGGAUGUCGACAGUUGUGAGUGCAGAGUCCGCUUCUCCCUCAAACCAAGGCGCUCAUGCGGCAUCCCUCUCGUUGUAGACAUGUCGAUCGACGCCGCGCCUUCGGUUCUUCCCGCGAAGAAGUACUGCGACGUUACAGGCCUCGAGGUAGGUGAUGCUCACGGCAUCAGAUAUUCUCCUUUUUCUUUCCUGAUCUUUUCGUCUCUACCCUUAUUAUCAAGGCGAAAUACGUCGACCCAGCUUCCACUCUACGCUACCACAAUCCCGAGGUGUACGAAGUCAUCAAGACGUUCCAACCCGGGGUCAUUCAGUCCUACCUCGCGAACCGCGGUCAAGGCGUCAUCUUGCGUUGA